AUGGCGACAUCACUCAAAGCUUCGUUCAUUUUCUCUCUUUUCCUUGCCUCCAUCUCUUUCUCUCUUAGCUAUCAGGAUGACCCUCAGCAGCAACAGCAGAAGUGCCAUCAAGAAUGCCUAGUCCUAGAGCAGAUGGAGGAGCAGCAGCAGAAAGGCAUCGGCGGACAAGGACAUGAAGGUGAACCACAGAUUAGGGAGUGCCAUCGGAGCUGCGACAGACAGCAUACCUGGCGCAGAGAUCUACCCUACGAGGAACAGCGUAAAAAACACGGACAAUGUCGUGCACAAUGCGGGCAGCAGUGCGUGCGGAGGUGCGACGAACAGCAACCUUACCUCCAACAUGAGAUUCAAGACCUACACUGUCGUCAACUAUGCGGGCAGACUUUAACACAUGAUGAGCGUGGACAAAUAUGCCAGCAGCGUUGUCAGAGUCAACAAAGUGGCGAUCAGCAACAGCAACAGCAACAACAGUGCCAAUCAAGGAACAUCGGCAGAUCUGCCUGCGGCUUUGUCUUAGGAAUUUACAGCGUAGUGAACGGCUGGGAGUGCGACAAUAUUGCCAGAGAAUGUGCUGCUGCGAGAACCAACUACAACCUGGAGAACAAGACUUCAAUUGGCAAUCAAGAGAUCCCGAGCAGAAAUUUGAGCUAUGCAAGCAAAGGUGCCAAUCCAGGCAACAUGGACCACAAGGUCAACAACAACAGCAGCAGUGCGGUCAACAAUGCGGACAACAAUUGA